AUAGGCACGCUUAAUCCCGAGAUAUCCUCCACAUUCAUGCGGCACGCCUCGCUGAAGAUUCAACGGGGUCGUUCCAGCGACGGCAUCGGCCGUUCCAUACAGCGCGCCAAGCGACGCGUCGAGCGACGGCUGAACCGUUUCGGCGGAUUUGUGAAGGGCAAAAAGAAGGUGGGCGGCAUCGAAGAGACAGCGGAUUACAGUCGACGCAGCUCGUCAGACAUGUGCGACGGCCCGCGUGAAUCCGAGGUGGUCAUACUCAAAGAGCGCAAACUGGUGCCCACUGAACCGGUGCGCGUUGGCAUGCUCCGCUUAUCCUUUCUGCUGGAGACCUGUGCGCCAGGCACCUUUCCAGAUCCUCAGCUGAUUGCAGCCGUCUUGGAUUUGCCCCAAGCGCCGUUGAUCACUUGUGCAUCACACUUUGUGCAUCUGUUCAACAAGGGUCAGUGGCCCAUUUGGAUGAAGCAGAAUGUAGGCGAAUAUCGUGCCUCAGGCGCCAACAUUAAUCCCGCACAGAUGAAGCAACAGGUCAGCCAGACUAGUGCCCGGCGCACACACAUCCUGCUGCGUGCCGCGGGCAAAAUGUUCCAUCAGUGGGCGGAGAUGGUGGGCGCUCGUCUUGAGGAGCUGCUCUUCACCGAACGACUGCAAUACGAGGCGUUGAAUGCAAGUCUAACGGAUCCAGAGAAGCAGCGCGAGCUUCUGCAGCAGGAUGAGGAGGAGGAUUUCCUGGACGAGUCCUCUGUUAAUCCGCAUGGCAAUGACUGCCCGCAUGCACUCAAGCUAAUUGCCUGCGUGCUACUUUUUGAAAUUACGGCCUUUUUGCGAGACACCUAUAUCACACUGCCCAAGACAUCCAAGAUGCUGCACCGCGACCGGCCCGCACCCUGGGAGAAGGUGUACCGUGAAGCCAAUAGACGCUGGUCCAUGGCGCUCAGUUCCAUGGGCCACUCGCAUACCUCUGCACAGAGCCUGCAGUCCAUAGCAGCAGGCAACGAUGGCGCCGGCCAAACGGAGCGCAAAAUCUCCUUUGUCCUGCACGAGCCGGACAACGAAUCGGAGAACAGCAGCAACACCACCUUAACCAAGGAAGGCAAGGAGGGCGAGGAGGCAGCUCGUCGUCCUACCGCCUCGACAGUGCGUCCGUUCCUGCUGCGACGCGGCACGGCCACCACUACUGGCGGUUCCUUUAAGCGUCGCUCGCUCAAGCUGCGCCGAAAUACCAAGGAUAGCAAGGAUAUUGAAACAGAUUUCAACAUGCAGUCGCGGCGUAAGGUUUCCUCGCUUUCGGACCGCAGCGAUACCUCCGAGCAAGGCGCCAUCAGCGGUGGUGAGGAAUCGCCGGGCAUACUCAGCGAUGAUCAGCAGCCGGAAUCGCCAACAGACUCUAAUGAGAACGACGACACGGCCAAGAACAUGCCCUGGCUAAAAGCUGUCAUUGAUCUGUUAACCAGCUACAAUUACUACUGCACUCACAGGGGCUACUGUCAUCCCUUCUGCUACAAGCGGCACAUGCGCUCCUGCACCCGGCUGAUAAAGGCAACGCGUAAGGUUUAUGGUGAGGAAUUCGGUUUCUCUUUCGAUGCGGAUCAUCCCAACGUGGAGCCCACAGUCAUUAGCUCCAGCAAAGCCACAGCUCGACCUCGUUCGACCCGCAAAGUGUCAGAGCAAAGCUCCACACAAACGUCUCCGUCCAAGCGCAAGGACAGUUUGUCCCGUAAAGAUCGCAUCAGCGAUGAUCCGGACAUUGAAAUGGCUGCGAAACUGGCGCGCGCCUUUCGCCAGGAGAAGGAAAAGAAACUGCAGGAGGAGCCACCUAUACUGAAGUUCAUACGCAUCCACAUACGCAAUCUGUUCCACUUUCCGCUGACCACCAUGCUGAAGGGCGCGGUGGUCCUCACCGAGGAGCUGGUGAUUGAGGCCAUGCCUGCCGCUUGGGAGCUGCUUCUGGAGACCAACCACGACACAGCCACCUCCAGUGCUGCUGUCUUCCUUAUGGGCUCGGUGAAGGCACAAAAUUUUGCCUUUGACAUAAUGCAGCGUGCCCUGAAGCACAAGAAUCCGGAUAUACGCAUUGGUGCGAUUCAGCGCUACCUUGUGCUUUGGAAAUGCCGCUUUCAUGUCUGGCCACGCAUGGAGGACAAUGCGCACGAUGCGACCUUUAAGGUGCCACCAGGAGGCAUAGAAUUUACGCUGCCCUCGCCCAAAAUAGGUAUCGAGAGUCUGCCCGUUGUGGAUCCGCCCUGGAUGCCCGUCCAGCAGACCAAGGAUAUGGAUAUGACACUGAACCAGGACAGACAUCGUUCGCUGGUGACCGCCACGAAGAGCCGCAAAAUGCAACAAACGGAGGCGAUUCGGAAUGCACUUCGCCAGCAGCGAGACAAACAGCGCGCAGAGCGGCACAGCUUUCUCAUCACCAUGAUACCAAUCAGCCAGCAGGCCUCUCAUGAGCCAGGCAUGGAGCAUGAGGAUCAUGAGAUCGAGGAGGAUCUGGAUGGCACACGCGCCUCCUCACACCUACAUCACGCCCACUCGCUGUUUCCAUCGGUGCUGUGCUCCUCUGUUAUGCAGAUUGUUGGCUGUCUGGAUGAUGCAGCCAUUGGCUCCGAUGGCAAUGCCGUUUACGAGGUGGCCUAUCAGGUAAUCUGGGUAUGCCUGGUUGAGGAGUCGGCCUUGUUCUUGCGCUAUGUGUUCGAGCGCCUCACACGCGAUCGCCAGGAUCAGAUGUUCAAGCUGUUGCGACAUUUAAUACGCUUCGUGCCGCGCCUGCCGCAACAGGCCGCAUUUGCCCUAUACAACUCCAUCAUUGGCUAUAUAAUGUUCUAUGUGCGCUCCUCCAAUGAGCUCAAACAGGAGCUGGUGGGCUCUGCUUUAUCCGUUCUGUGGAUGAUCAUGUUCAAGGAUCUGAAGCAAAUACUGCGCAAGGAGCAGUGUGAUGCAUCGAUUCUGCUCACAGCCAAUGUGCCUGCCGCCAAGAAGAUUGUGGUGCACGGUCCGGCGGAUGAUGACUACAAUAUACCCUCGCAGUUUCCUGUGCAGGAGGACACGCUAUUCUGCCAACUGCUGAAGGAAGCUUUAGACUAUUAUCCCAUUGACGAGAAAAGCAUUACACAUUACUGCCUGGUCGACUACAAAAGCAACAAAAUACUCAAUCCCAACUGGUAUAUACGGGAUCUUUACUUCUUCAAGCGCUCGCAAUAUCCAGAGGUGCGUUUAAUGCUUAUGCGUACGGAGGAGUCCUUCCUGGCACUGCAGAAACAGGAGCUAACGAAAAAAUUUGUCGAAAUUGGCAAGGUGCAUCUAACCUGGGCUAUACUCAAAAAUGUGGACAUGGUAGUCCAGCGAGUUGUUUUUCUGCACGAGGAGCUGAUGAAGUUGCCCUCGUUUCCGCGCAGGGCGCUCGAAGUGGAUCUGGAUCUGCAUCAUGGGGGCGCAUAUGGCAAGGUGCUGCUCGGCCUGGACGUGCUGCACAAGUUCAUGUGGGUGCGAUUGAUAGCCCGCAUGUUUGAGGCCAUGGCUGGCAACUUUGCCUACUCGGCGGACAUACAGCUGUUCCUAAAUGUGCUCUCCGGCGCAUCCAUACUGCAUGCUGAGGAUUCAUGCAUCAUGCGCUAUGUGAUGGCUACAUUCAUCAAUGCUGCCUUCAACUUUAAGAACAUAUUCUCCACGAAUGUCUAUUUCAUGAUCAUGCCCACUUUGCUUCAGGUGUAAUCCCUCCAUCAAACCAACAAGCUGAUCACCACUACCACCGAGUACGCCGUAAAACAGUUCUAUCUUCUUAAUCGGAAGCCCUUCAUCCUGCAGAUGUUUGGCUCCGUUUCGGCUAUACUAGACACGGAUGAGGAUGGCACCUAUGGCGAGGCACAUAAGGUCCAAUCCAGCUGCUUGUUCAAUCUGUUGCUCAGCCUCGAGGAUCCCUCACCGGAUCCGCUGAAUAUAGCCGAGCUGGUUAAGGAGCCAAAGCCCCUUAAAGCCAUUGACUUUUAUUAUCACGACGAGGACGACGAUGUCCCCGUGCUGGACUGCAUCACUUUGUGCGUAAUGGUCGUCUCAUACUCGGCAGAGAGCACGCGUGGCUACCAAAUGCUGAUCAUUUUGGAGGCAAUACUGCCCUGUUAUCUACAGCAGAUCCAAUCUCCCAGCUAUAUACCACUGCAGGGCAAAUCCGAACGGGAUAUAAUACUCCAACUAGCCGUAGCCAUACGCACUAUGGUGCAUAACUGCGAGGGCCUGGCCAAGAGCUACAAUGGGCCCUAUCGCAACAGUCCGGAGCAUAAGGGAUCAUCGCAGCGCAACUGCAGUCGCGGACCGCCCUGCUCGCCUGGCAUGGAUUUUGAGGAGGAGUCGCAUACGAAAUAUGCAACAGAUCCGCGAACUAAAAACAUGAUGGACUCUGCCGAGGAUUCGGAAAUGAUACGCACCGAGUACCGACGUCCCAGGGAUGUUCUGCUCUCCGUUGUCGCUGAUUUUCUAAUCAAGUCCACCACACGGCUAUUCGAGCUGGCCAAGAAGCUGCCGGCGAACGAUAGCAAGCCCACAGAGGUGCUGGACGCCAAGUGUCACAUACGCUUGGCGGAUAUUGCGCACUCGCUGCUGAAGGUGUCACCCUACGAUCCUGAGUCCAUGGCCUGUCGUGGCCUGCAGCGGUACAUGCAGUCGGUGCUGCCGCGGGCCGAGUGGUCAAAUGAUACACUCCGGAAUGCUUUAGUCACGGUGCUUCGCCGCAUCGACAAGGUGUUUCUUAAGAUAUCCAAACAGCCCUCAAUACGCCGAAAUACGGAUUGGGAGGCGGCCGCCGGAUUGCUCAAGGGCAUACACGAGACAAUCAUUAGACAUCCUUAUGUCCUGCACUGGCAGCAGAUGAAGACUCUGAUCUCAACCGUGCAGAAUCUGAUUGUCAAUGAGCCGGGCAGCGGCGGCAUACCCGAGGGUGUGUCCAGCGCAGGUGCAGCGCUCAUGUCUCAGAAUCCGCCGGCCUUUUUCUGCUCGGCGGUGGUGCGCCUGGUGGCGCUACAGGUGGUCAGUCCCGUUGACUGUUUCUCGCUGGUCCAAAUCUGCGGCGGCAGCGCCGAGGCCGAAAAGGCCGAAGGAUUUCUAAUGCAUCUAAUGAUGCCACUGUGCUUGAAAGUCUGCUCCGGUCGCGGCGUCUCUGAUGAGCUUAAGAUGAGCGAUGUCUCAUUUCUCCUCACCGCUGUGCUGAAUGCCAUGAGUCCGCCGGCUGGCCGCACUGGCCGCAAAACGUUCCGGCUCAAGCGCAGUCGCCUGACGCCCAUGGAGCCGCCCAGCAUUGUCACUUCACUCUCACAGGAGGAGAAUCAGCCCAAGGCCAUCGGCGAAAUAUCCUGGGACUCGGUCUCACAAACAUCAUCCACAUCCGGCUAUCGAGAUAACAACAGCCUGCAGACGGGUCUACUCUCUCCGGACGGCUCGCUCGGUGGGCUCACACUAGGCCGCUCACCCUCGCAGCACUCGCUGCUGAUGGUAUUCGAGGGUCAGGACGAGGACACGCUCAUUUAACAAUCACAGAACGGCGACCGAGCCUACGAGCUUUAGGACAGCCUGAACGUAAAACUAAAUUAACCACAGAUAUUUAAGCUAGCCUUAACAAUUCGUUGAACAAUUAAAUCAGUUCAUGUUAAGUU